AUGUCGAGUCCUUCCCUUAGUAAUCUGACAAUAGUGGGCUGUCUGCUUCUCCAAGCUUCCGUCUUUACUACGGCCUUGGACGCCACGCAAAUCUCUGAUUGGAGUUUCAUCGUCAAAUGUCACUUGGAGAGGAUAUUUAUUUCUCUGGGGGUCUCCUUUGCAUUCGGUUCCACCUUGAUGAAGACCUAUCGAAUACAUGCAAUAUUUACUUUGGCUGUCAAGCGGUUUAAACAAAUUGACUUACCCGACUGGAAGCUCAUUAGUGGCGUCUUUGGCCUUGUUCUGACAGACUGUGUCAUCUUUGUCACGUGGAUCGCAGUAGAUGUAAUGACUGUUCACACCGUUACCCUGAAGCCACGGCUUGACAUGACUGAGCCUGAAAAGGAGAUCUUUGAUGUUCCAGAGAUACGAUAUUGUGCAAGCACACACGAAGUGUAUUUUAUCGCCGCCCUGUAUAUAACAAAGGGAAUCGUCUUGACCUUUGGCCUCUUCUUAGCCUGGGAGACCAGAAAUAUUGCAGUAUCCCGACUCAGUGACAGUAAAUCCAUUGCGGCAUCAGUGUACAUCGUUGCGCUGUCUAUUGCCUUGACGAUUCCGACCAUAGCUUCUGUGAACGAUGAUGCUAACAUUACAGUGCUGGUUGCUGGAGUUGUGAUUGUUACUGUCAGUACAUCUGUACUGUGUCUGAACUUUGUUCCAAAGGUGUAUGUUCUUCUCACCAUGCAAGAUAGAGACAUUACGCUGAGUAUGAUGCAGUCCAUGGGAUACGGUAAGCCUACUGAGCCAACGGCAGCUAACACCUCACACUUGUCGUCGGGCACAGAAACCACUGGUCAUACGGUUAGAUUGCGCUUAAAACUUGACCAGAAACAAGGAGAGCUGAAUCAAUUGCUGAGUGAGGUUCGUCUCAAAUUUUGUGAAAGGACUGGUGAUGCAACGAGCUUCGAGGGCGCUUUCUACGACGUAACAAAUCAUGUAGAGCAGUAGAUGUGUUCUUUGGGAUCAAGCCUGGUUCCUCUUCUCCUUUUGCCGACGCCUUUAAUACCCUGAUAACAUCAUUUGGAGUGUAAAUUAUGAUCUGUGAAAUUGAUUGGGAUUGAUUUAUCAUUGGAUAAUUGCUUAAAACCAUUUUACUCUAUAGAAACCAUUUAAUUUUCUAAAGACCAGGUUUGUCAGACCUCACAGCUAG